GAACCUGGUUCAGGUCUCCUGCUGCUGGUGGUGAGUGAUUUAGGACAGCGCAGUCGCUGGCUGGCCGCUUGUUGCUGCCUCUGCAGCAGAAGAGAGAGCGCAUUUGUUCUUCAGCCGCUGCAGUUCACGUUACGAUGGUGUCCAAGGCUGCUGAGGAUGAAAAGAGUAUUGCCAUUUUUGCUGCAGGGCAAAAAAACCUUUGUCAAAAGGAUGGGACAGCCGUUGGGAGUAGUGUCAUAUACUGUAGUCACCAGCGCUGGUACCUGUGAGUAUGUUUUGUGGAGUAAGCAGCAGAACUGUUGGGGGGAAAAAAGCUUUUAGUUCUUUUUGUGUCUUUUUUUUUUUGGUGUCAGUGUAGUGGAUUACAGCACUGUCCUGUGGUGGGAGUGAAUCUCUCUGAAGUCUGUAGUUAAGUAUUGUUUGCAGCUUCAUAGCUUGUCUCUGUGACUCAUUCCAUUGCUUUCUAGUUCUUGUAAUUAAAUAUAGUGUGACUAGUGAUUGCGAGGGAGCUGCUGAUGUGCUUGUAUGCUGGUUACUGGUAUUAUCUUCACUGGCAAAGAUGAAAGUGAAUCCCUUUGCCGUGGUUACAGCCUUUUCCAUGUAUUACCUUUGUCCCUUCUGUCAUUUUUCUUCCAGAUUUAGCAUAUUUUUAUGAGGUCGCUCAAACUUAGGUUAACCAUUUUAGUAACUGUCUUUCAACCAAGCUAAAAAGCCACCCCACCAUUAGUUGUGUUGUCUGAUUCUGUCGGAGCAAGAUGAACCUGACAUCCCCUUUCCCAGUAUACAGACUCCUGGCAGGCUCUGGAGAAAUGGUCCUUGCGGUUCUCUGCGCAAGCCGUGAUUCAGCAAGGCAGCCACGUGGGUGAUGGUGCAAGAGUGAUUACGCCGAGCUGCAGUGAGAUGAACAGCCUCCUCUUCCUCUUUUGGGGGAGUCAGAGAACAGAAAAGGAGCUUCAGGGUGUAUUUGCACUUUUUUUUCUUUCUUUCUUUCUUUCUUUUUUUUUUUUUUAAUCCCUCCUCCAGUCAUCGCCCAUAAUGCCAAACCUCCGCAGCAAUUUCAAAAGGACUUCCUGACGCUGUGGAAACUUUCCCUGCAUAAUGAAGACAGGGUACGGAGAAAGGAGAGGGGAAGGGGAACUGCUCUUCUGCAUUCAGCUGUCAGAGACUCGCUGUUUGGAUUUGAACCUGAACAAAAUGAUUGACUUUUAACUUCCGAUGAUGACUGAUGGAUCAGCCUUCUGUUUCCUGAAGCCAUCUGUUUGCUUUCACUAGCUAUUGAGAACCAUGUCUGACAACGGAGAACUGGAAGACAAGCCACCAGCUCCUCCCGUCCGGAUGAGCAGUACUAUCUUCAGUUCAGGGGGCAAAGACCAGUUGUCUGCCAACCACAGCUUGAAACCCCUGCCCUCUGUACCAGAAGAGAGAAAACCUAGGAAUAAAAUCAUCUCCAUAUUCUCUAGCACUGAAAAAGGAAGCAAGAAGAAGGAAAAGGAAAGGCCAGAAAUCUCCCCACCAUCAGAUUUUGAGCAUACCAUCCAUGUUGGCUUCGAUGCUGUUACUGGAGAGUUCACUGGAAUGCCAGAGCAAUGGGCUCGAUUGCUGCAGACCUCAAAUAUCACGAAGCUAGAACAGAAGAAAAACCCCCAGGCGGUACUAGAUGUGCUGAAAUUCUACGACUCCAAAGACACGGCAAAACAGAAGUAUCUGAGUUUUUCUGCUCCAGAAAAAGAUGGUUUCCCUUCAGGAACGCCGACGACCAACGCCAAAGGUUCAGAGCCAUCAACAGCUGUGGCAGAUGAUGAUGAUGAUGAUGAAGAAGCUCCUCCUCCCGUUAUUGCUCCACGGCCAGAUCACACAAAAUCGAUCUAUACACGGUCUGUAAUUGACCCCAUCCCUGCACCAGCCGGUGACACUUCUGUUGACAGUGCAACGAAAUCAGGCGAUAAGCAGAAAAAGAAGACCAAAAUGUCAGAUGAAGAGAUCAUGGAAAAACUACGCACUAUUGUGAGCAUAGGAGAUCCCAAGAAAAAAUACACCAGAUAUGAAAAAAUUGGGCAGGGGGCUUCAGGUACAGUUUUCACAGCUAUUGAUGUGGCAACAGGGCAGGAGGUUGCUAUUAAACAGAUAAACCUGCAGAAACAGCCCAAGAAGGAGUUGAUUAUUAAUGAGAUCUUGGUAAUGAAGGAGUUAAAGAACCCCAACAUAGUCAACUUCCUGGACAGUUACCUCGUAGGAGACGAAUUGUUUGUGGUGAUGGAGUAUCUAGCUGGAGGCUCUCUCACAGAUGUGGUCACAGAAACAUGUAUGGAUGAAGCACAGAUUGCUGCUGUUUGCAGAGAGUGCUUGCAAGCGCUUGAGUUCCUGCAUGCCAACCAGGUCAUCCACAGAGACAUUAAGAGUGACAACGUGCUGUUAGGAAUGGAUGGAUCAGUUAAACUAACCGACUUUGGUUUCUGUGCUCAGAUCACCCCAGAGCAGAGCAAGCGCAGCACUAUGGUUGGAACUCCUUACUGGAUGGCUCCUGAAGUGGUCACACGGAAAGCGUAUGGCCCUAAAGUGGAUAUCUGGUCUCUGGGCAUCAUGGCUAUUGAGAUGGUGGAAGGAGAACCCCCAUACCUCAACGAAAACCCCCUGAGGGCUUUAUAUUUGAUAGCAACUAAUGGCACACCAGAGCUGCAGAACCCCGAGAAACUGUCCCCAAUAUUCCGGGAUUUCUUGAACCGAUGUUUGGAGAUGGAUGUAGAGAAAAGAGGAUCAGCCAAAGAAUUGCUACAGCAUCCCUUCUUGAAACUGGCCAAACCUCUGUCUAGCUUGACGCCACUGAUCUUGGCAGCCAAAGAAGCAAUGAAGAGUAACCGCUAACAUUACUGCCACAGCCUUCAUCCUUUUUUGUUUGUUUGUAUUUUACAAAUCUUUAUAAUAUAUGAAAUUGUUACACUUCUGGGGGGAGGGGAGGGAUUUUGUGGGAGGGGAAAACGUCUGCAAAAGGGAAGAAACUCUCAUCCAGAAGACACCCAAAAGAAAUUGUGGUGACUCUAGCGAUCCCUGUCUGGGGUCCAGAAGGAAUUGAGGACUGAAUUACUGGCCUUUUUUUGUUUGGUUUGUUGUUUUGUUUUUUGUGGUUGGUUUUUUUUUUUUGUUGCAGACAGCCCAGAAAUGCCACUUACUGUGCCCGGGGUUUUUAAGGGUUUUUAACGACUUUGCUGUUACAGCUCCCAUUCGUUGUACCCUGCUGGGUACUUUCAAUACUUGAAUGACAGAUUCAAGCUUUCAGAGAGCAGUACUAAUUUUACCUGCUGAUCUCUUUCACUCUCCUCUUCCUCCCUUCUACCUAUUUACUUUUAAACCCUGCUAGUAAGCUUCUGUAUGACUAGAUUCACGGCAAGUGUGACAAAUGUGAAGGUACAUCUUGCCCCUCGUAUUUUUUUUUUUUACGGAUUAGCUGUUACUGUACUGUAGAGUUGACAACUUGGCUACUUAAGAAAUCGUAAUGUAUUGAGAUGUGUUUUGUUUUUCAAGAUGAAUAUGGAGAGGGGGGGAAGAGAAGUAUUCAGUUGUUUCUUAAUGCCUGUGCUCUGUGGACUUUUAAUCAAAGAUGUGGCCUCUUUGUAGAAACUUAGUGAUCAGUCGAGUCUUUUGAUGUCGGUUUAUGGGAUAUGUAGGUAGGGGUCAGAUACUUUAUUUAUGAUCAAAUGAUCAGCUAUAGUCAGGGCAAGAAAAAAAAUUCCAGCUGUCUUCCUGUCUGCUCUUUUUUUCCCGUUAGACUUGCUGGCCAGAAGCUUAAGGGAUAACGUGCUUGGUGCGCUGGGUGGUUCAAAAACACGUAUUGUAUCUGUUCUGACUUGGGCUUUGGAAGUUAUGCUGGUGCCUUUGACUUUUUUAUUUUACAUUUCCCUUCUUUGUAUCAAAUACAUUUUUGUAUAUGUUGUAAUUUCCCCCUCCCCCCGCAAGCAAAUAAUGCAUCAGCCUAUGGAGUUGUCAGAGUUUAAGUAUUAGAGCUAUUUUUUCCAAUUUUGUAUGUGCUCCGUUUGUACUAAUGAAAUCAGGAGAACAAAUAAUCAGAUCUGAGGACACUGAAGGUGCAGAAAUUUUUAAAUAUGAUUCGAACAGAAGAUUAUGAACACCUGGAAAUGCCAAAGCGCUGUUCUGAGAAGGCGAAAGCUGAGAGGGGAGAACAGUGCCGUCAGACGUCCAUGGGGCUUAUUAUUUGACUGGCUAGUCCGAGGCUGAGGAGACGUGAUGUGUCGCACCGAUCCUUUCUCACUAAAGACGUUGUACCAGCUAGAAUGGCUGACGUCAAACAUUCAAUGCAAGAAAAAAGUGCCUCCCUCUGACGGACAGUGAGCAACUGGAGCGGUUGAGUUCUUGGGGUGUUACCGGGGGCAAGUGUAGAAGAGCCUGUGCCCCGGCUUCUUCUAGUGCUACAGUCUAUGCAUUUCAGCUGCCCCGACAGUUUAACGAAGAGCCAACUGUAGUUACAAUGUGCCAAACGAUUCUGUGAAAGAAUAACUGUUACUUUAGGGGGAUUUUAUUGCAUUCCCAGCAGGGCAGGACCUGGGACGGAUAGGGUUAUGGGUGGGUAUGGACGGAGGACCCUGAAUAAAACUUUUUUGCACACUUUUACAAACAUUGCUGGCAGAAAAUAGGUCAUUUUCAGCUAAUUUCGGUAUUUGUAUAGCGAUAGAGAUGAUUGUGUUUUGGGGACUGGUAGCCAAGGUAUGACAAAACCAACUUCCAGCUGCGAGCGGCCGGCCGGAGCAGCGGGGUCUGUUUGUGUUGGUGAUGGAGGGAAGUGGGAUGAGGGUCUCGCAGCAUCUGCUGCGACUCUCUGGCUUCUAGGAAAUGGCGCGGUACCAACCAGACUGCCUGGAUGUGCAGGGCACCGCUGUGCCGCGGGUCAGCUUGCAUUCUGCUCUAGCAUGGUAGUAAACAUUUGUAUCGGGUAAAUGAUGUUGAGUGCUCCAUCAAAGGAAUGAAACCUUCUAGCUGUAAGUGUAGGAAUAGUUAUGGUUUUAAAUUUGAGGAAGUGUCUCGUUCUAGGCAAGUAAGUCUAGAUGCAUUUCCCAGGCAAAAUGCAUUUAUGAGCCAUGGACAGUAGUAAUGGCGAUGCCGCAGUUUGAGAGUGUCUGGCUCCCUCAUCAAAUGAAGCAGCGAGGAGGCUUGGCUGAGAAUAAAACCCCGUCGUACCGAUGAUUCCCUCUUUGUCCAUUGCUGGCAAUGGACUUUGUGAAACUCCUUGUGCCAGAGUUAAACUGGGAGCUUUUCUUUCUUUCUUUUUUUUUUCCCCCCACCUUUUUUUUUUUAAUGGCACAAUCUAGGCAGUAAGAUAACGUGCGAAAAAUUUAGUUUUCUUUAAAAAUUGAAAACCAAGAAAUCAUAAGUACUUUAAGUUAUUAGUUCAUUUUCAUUGAUGAAUGAGAAUGGUUUAAAACACGUUACAAAAUUUGUCUAAUUUAGUCUACUUAGGAGAUGAUUUCCAAACUUACAGCCAUCUUAGCACACAAAACUUGGCCCAGUCCAGAAGUUACCAGAAACAUAUCUCGGCACUUGCUGUGUGACCUGGAAUGGCGUUUAGCCCUGAAGGCGAGAAGUGUCCGCAUCUCCCCUUCCCCGCACGGCAGUUUUCUUGUUACAUGGUGAGGUUUCUCACCCUCCCGCUGCCAGAAAUGGGGGCCAGAGGUGGAGCUGGCAGAGGAGGAGAGCCAGUAGAAGGUUGCUGGACUGUGCUUUUGUGUCUUAGUAGGUCAGUCAUCGCUUUUCUAAUGAUGUCAGCAAGAUUAAAAAAUGCCAGCCGUGUUUUUUUUCCCCCCUGGAGGGAGCAGAUCAGUGUCCUUAAGACUUGCUGCAGGGCUGUUCAACUCUGCUCUACUGCUGGGGCAGCCAGAGACCAGCCGGAGCUGGAGCAGAUGAUGCUGAGGGAAGGAUUGCAUCUGAAAGAGCUGGGAUUUGCUCUCUCUUGGGUGCCAGCACAAGGUCCCGAGUCAGAUUCCCAUCAAAUAUGCAUGUGAUACAUAUGAAGCGUGAUGUACAGUGCUGUGGUGAGUUGGGUGUAUGGAGCUGGGCAGUUUAUGGCUGAGUCGCAGGCGUGCCGGGAAUGUGUGAUUCCUGGGAUUUUCUUGUUACCCUAGAAUAAACCAGACUUUUCAUUAAUAGCAGCCACGGUGCUGGGAACAUGCACUUUGACCUGCCUUAGGUGUUAACGAGACUAAUUGUAGGCUUCCCCCACCCUGGCUCUCUGGUGCAGGGAGGUGCAAAAGAUGUGGUGAGAGCAGAUGGGAGAGACUGGCUCCCUCUGUCAGAGAGGCUGGGGGCUGGGCUGGGGAGGGGGCAAGGGGGUUGUUCAGGGUCUCUCCAGCUAGAGUUGAAUAAAUAAAUGUCUCUGAUUCGUUUUUCCCUCUGUUCCUCACGCUGUCAAUGGAAAUGGAAGUAGGUGCAAGCUUUCUUUUUAUUUUUUUAACUGUCUUCAGAUUUUAAUGUUGCCUUUUGUGUAAUUUAAUCCCAUUAUGUUAUUUAAUUGUUACUGCAAUAUUAACUACUGUAUUUGUUGACUUUGUUUAAUAACUGUUCUUUCAGGGCUAGAAAUAAACUUUUAAAAAACAUUUGUUUUUUUUCCCCCUUCCCUGUCAUGAGUUUAUACCUUUUAAGACGAGAGUAGCUGAAAAGAGUACACGUUUCGAUGUCUUAAUGAGAUUACCGGAAUGUAUUUGUUUGUAAUUAAGAUUCUUACGAAUGCUUUAAUUGUGAUGGAUAUCAUUUUAUGCUAUGCUAGCCUGUCCUGUUUCUUUUAAACUUUGAUUACUCAUCGGUGUCUGUACCAGCCCCGCGAUAACCGCAAGCUUUCCUUGCCGUCGCGCACUGCUGGCAGACGGUUGCGCCUCCCGCAAAACGCUCCAGAUGACUGAUGGGAGGAGAGCGGCUCUGAAACACCCUUUUCACCCACCGUGGAAGAGAGAUCCCACGCUCUUCUUGCGAAGGGAGCAAAGCAAAGACCAGCCCUAGUCUGUUACAGUCGCCUCUUCCACCACUCGUUUGCUGUAAGGUAGCCUUUUGAUAGUGACUGGGGUGGGACUGACGGGCCAGUAAACUGCGAUUAUGGCAAUACAAUGAUGUUCCAGUAACUAAUCUUAACGAGACUGCUUUAUUUUGCACCGUGAAUAUCAUCCAGUAUCCCGCAGAUAAACAUUUAUGGCACAGGAGACGCGGGGAAUGAGCUGUCCUGGUGCCUGCUUGGAAGACGCUGCUCCAGGUUCUGCGCCGUCCACGCUGAUCAGCGUUUGACCGGCAGAGUCGCACCGGGCGAGGACUCGGGAUGAGAUGGAUGGUGCCUGUUGGUAGGCUGCGGAGACUCACUCGUGUAUUUCAUCGAAACUACGAAAAUGCUGUGGCGUGUUGGCGUGGCAGCCUGGCUAAAGAAAAGGACAUCUAUGCGAAUUUACUUUGGGGUUGAGAGCAGUUCAGUUGAAAUCCAGAUGAAGCGUCUGGCUCCGUUGUGAAUGUCGAGGACUCACCGUGUCGUGUGUUUCCCAUCUGUUGUUGGGAAAUCAUCUCUUCCCCUUUCUUGCAUGUUGUACAAGCUUUGCUCAUACCACUGACAAAGGGAAAUGAAGAAACCACUCGUCUUCAGAAGCCUUUUCAACCAGACAUGAGAAUGUUGUUUUGCACAAAGCACUGUCUCUUCAGGUUAAUUAAUUUGUUGUAGUAUCUUUGUCUUGAUAUAUAAUUGACCCUUUAUGCAUUUAAACUGAUGUUCUCUAACUCUGCA